GAAAGGGCUUGCGCUAAUUAGGUACUAGCGUACACUGCAUAGUAAACUACCUCGCGUUCGACACCACCAUCAACACACCACCAUCAACAUAUCACCAUCAAUAUACCACCAUCACCACACCAAUAUCAGCGCCAUUACUGCCGCGACUGCCACGACGGCGUCAAUCACGAUGCCCUUUUGCUUCUUUGAUCUCCCGAAAGAGCUCCGCUUCAUGAUAUACAAGCAAUUGGCAACGACAACGACCAACACACUUGACGUGUAUCCGCUUGAGGAAGAUUCCGGCUUCCGACUGUCUUAUCGCUACACUCGCUAUGCGGUUGGACUACUUGCCUCUUGCAAGUUGCUGAACGAAGAGGCAGAACCUUUCUUUCAGAAAGCUCUCGGAGAAGACAAUCCAGAGACAGCAUGUUCUUUCACAUUCACUGUCGAUGGUAGAGAAUUUGAAAACGAAUGGCUUUGCACGAUGGCCGUUAUAAACCUCGCAUUUAAGCUCUUGAAAUACCAAGAGGAGGAGUUUGAUAUUGCUGUCAGCUUCGGUAAGGCUCAGGUACCGGUGGUUCUCCAACUCUGCACAUAUGCUCUCGACUUCGUAAGGAAGACUGGUCGUAGACUUGGACUUGAGGUCCAGACAGAAGGUCUCUCACAGUCCGACAAAAUCCUCAUGUCGGAAACCUUGUACUAGCGGCUCAAGGGGUACGAGAACCUUUUAGACCUCAAUUGCCUCCACGAUUGAAGCGCUUUCUUAACUAUUGGCUGAAAAGCUCAAGGAGUACCGUUGGCAGGACACUGAAAGAUUAGGGUCUCUGAUUGCGAUAAAGGAGUGGCUUGGACAGACACGUGUACACACGCAGCAGGACAGAGGAGCCAAGAUUUCAUGCUUGCUUGUGAAGCACCAUAAUUUUAGACAAAAUCCAACCCUACAGGUGCUUAGCGAGGACUUCGUGAGGCAGCACUGUG